CGCCCCAUCUGUAAUGACUACCGCCAGUCAAACGGCCAGCAAUGUCCUCGAGGACCACACUGCCCGGACAGACAUUACGUCCCACCUUCAGAACGCUCAGGAAUCGGCCAUCUAAUCUGCAAACACUACCAACGCGGCCUGUGUAAGAAAGGCGAUACCUGCGAGUUCGCCCACACCUUCAACUUGCGCGACGAGAAGGAAUGCAAAGAAUUCUCACGAUACGGCAUCUGCUCUCAAGGCGACGACUGCACAUCCCUCCACAUCCCACCCACCUCAGAGCUCCGUCGACCAGCAUGCUCACAUUACGCGCGAGGCUUCUGUCCCCUCGGACCCUACUGCAAUCAAAGACAUGUCAAGCAUCAAAAGCUGUGUCCCUUCUACAUGGCGGGUUUCUGUCCGAACGGCCGC